AUGCUUCUUCCAAAUCAAAUCCUCACCCUUGGGCUUCUCACCACCGCUGCAAUCGCAUUCCCCUUCACUUCUCGCUCUGCCUCUCCGACGUCCAGCAACUACAACAUUAAGGCCAACUCUACAAGCGUCGACCCUGUUCUUGCCUCCCUUAUCGCUGCUUCUGCUACUGAAACAAGUGAUAUGAGUACUUGUCCACUCACCCACCCGACCAAGCAAUGCUGUGCCUCUAUCACUGAGAUGGCAGGCGACAUCACUAAGGAGCUGGGUGAGCUGGUGCCUAUAUUAAGUGAAGUAAAAGUUUCCUCGAUACUUAGUCUACAGUGUCGAUCAAUGGAUCCAAACAGCCCGAAUGAGUCUUGCACGGAUGAUGUGGUGUGCUGUACUGGGAUGGAGGACACCGAAUCUGCAAUAUUCAAAACUUGCAAAACCUGGGACGAGGCCAUCACCUCGAAGAAGAAAGCCCUGGAUCACAACAACAGCCGACAACAACAGUAUAGUAGCGCCGUCGCCGCUACUCCUACCUCAAAUCUACACAGACCCACACCGUAA